AUGCAAGGAUGGAGAGAUCGCCUGAAGCCCAGGAGGGUGGCGCAAGAGCCUAUGGGAGACCCCAUCUCCUGCUUCUGCAUGGCACAGGACCUGCUCGUCUUCACGGGAACGAUCAACGGGAGGGUCUGCGCGUGGAGGAUGAAGGAGGCAACUGAGGACAGCAAGAGCACAGAGCUCGCGAAUCUACCCGGGGAGCCAGUCACCAGCAUGGAUACCUCCGCUACCCAUCUCUUCUGUACGUUCGGGGACCGGUUCUCCAAGGGAUGGCGGAUAGCGGACGUCGUCACCGGGGACAACUUGUACCAGCAUGGCGGCGAGAGCUCGUUCCUGACGAGGUCGAGCAGGGACGGCGAGACCUUUGACUUCAAGAGAUGUCAGUCUGAGAGCAGCAAGUUCUGUCUCAUCUUCACGAGAGGACAGGGAUGGAGUCAGCUGUUUGACCUAGAGAGAAGUGUCAUCUCUGAUGUUGAUCCUCGCAAUGUUUCUGCUGGGAUGGAAAAGGCUCAGAUUUUGAUGAUAAGAGGACAGAAAAACCUCCAAGAAACUCCGCAUUGGCUGUAA